AUGGCAUCAGGAAAGGACACUUGUCCUAUCUCACCUAAACUGGCCAGCAACUCUUCUGAUGAGAAUUCAGAUAAGCCUGCUAAUAAGAAUAAUGAGGUUCAUUUGCCACGGUUUUCAUUAAAGCAAGAGAUGGUCCCAAGACGUUAUGUUAUGCCUUGGAAAGAAAGCAUGAAAUUCAGAAACAUUAAUCUGAAGCAUGCAGAAGCGUGUGGGAUCUAUGCUGGCCCUUUAGAAGACUCUCUGUUUUUGAAUCACAGUGAAAGGCUUUGCCAUGGGGAAGAUCGUAAAGCUGUCUCAAAGAAAGGCCCACCAGAAAUAAAAAUUGCAGAUAUGCCUUUGCAUUCACCUCUCUCCAAAUACCAAAGCACUGUGAUUUCGCAUGGCUACAGGAGGCGACAGGUGUGAUGAAAGAAGAAUAAAAUGAUAAAGUGUUUCAAUCUCU